ACUUACAAAUGGACAAUACUUGGGGUUGCAAAAAAUAGAAAUUAUUGUAAAAAUGAAAGAAACCAAAGAAUUAAAAGAAGAAAGAUUGUGAGCAGUGAUGUGAGCAAACAAUUGACAUGUGCAUACAACAGAGAUGCAUUGUACCAAUACAGUUAAAUAGCCCUCCAUACAACCAUUGUUAGUCAAUAUUACCUUUUCCUUCUCAAAAAAUACAUGUGAUAAACAUCGAUCUUCACCAUAUGGUACAUGUUUGGUUCCAUUUGAAAGCUGGACCCCAAGUCGUAUUAGAUGUUAAUAACGGUUGCUACACUGUUCACUGCAGUUGACCUUGACUUAUUCCAAGUCUCCUGCUGGUUAUCGAUCAGUGUAGCAUUAUCUUCAAUGCUAUCCUAUAUUCCUACGUAUGAGGUCCCUGUGUAGGUGAAGCUAUCUUUCUCUCAUACCAGUGAGCAUUCUUCAAUACCUCGUGAGCAUUGUACCUCAGGAAUUGUGUCCUCUCAAUGGGUGAGGUUGUACUCUCUGCCUUUCUGCAAGUCCUUUUUCAGGUCAUUGCAGAUUUGGUCAAGAAGGAGCUGCAGUCCAAGAGUGGUCUUCAGAACGAGCGGAGAAGUCUAAUUUCUGAUGUCGGAAUGAUUCAAGCUGUUCUUAGAGGAGCUGAGAAGAUGCAACUUUCUGAGCUACAGAAAUUGUUGUUCAGUGAUCUGAAAGAUGUCAGCUAUGAUGCAACGGAUGUGCUGGAUGAAUACACCUAUGAAAUUCAACGUCGUCAGAUUGAGGGAAGAUGUUAUACGGAAGUGUAGGGGUGUACCUUUCGUAGCCGUCUGUUUAGGCCUUAGAGUGCACCAAGAGAAUGACAGAAGCAAGUGGACUGCUAUUCUGCAUGGGGAGAAUUGGGAUUCCACCGGUCAUUUGAUUGGAGCCCUCCGACUGAGCUAUGUACAGCUAGAUUCACAUCUCAAGCCUUGUUUUGCAUACAGCUCAGUUGUUCCACAAAACUUCUUGUUUGAGGAGGAAUGGCUUAUCCAGCAUUGGAUGGCUCAGGGCUUCAUUCAACCUAAUCCCAAUGAAAGUGAAACAAUUGAGGACACUGCAAGAUCUUACUUCAGAUCUUUAGUUGGCCGAUCCUUUUUCCAGACGGCCCAUGUUGAUCGUACUGGGGAACGACAAAGUUACAGCUUAUCUGAAAUGAUGCGAGAUCUUGCCAUACAUGUCUCAGGUGAAGACUGUAAAUGUUCUAUUAUUGACGGACCUUACAACAUACCAGAGAAGGUCCGGUAUUUAACAGUAGUCUUCAAUAUGCUGACCAGUCAGGACAUGUUUGAGGUUAUUUCUGGAGGCAAGCGCUUGCACACACUUAUAGUUGUGGGUGGCUCUGAUCAUUUCGAGCUAAAGAUCCCUAUCGACAUUGGGCAGAGAUUUAUAAGGCUACGUGCAUUAGAUUUGGGUAAUUUUUGUGUAACCGAGCUGCCUGAAUCAAUUGGAGAAUUGAAACAUCUUCGGUGUCUCCAAUUGCGAAACACCAAGAUCAGACGGCUACCCGAAUCAAUUUGUGAUCUUUACAGUCUCCAAACACUGGGCCUUACAAAUUGCUAUUAUCUUGAAAAGUUUCCAUGUAAAAUAAAGAAUCUUCGCAUGAUGAGGCAUAUUGAUCUGGUAAUGGCCCGCAAUGGCUGCAGGUUGGAGGGCAUGCCUAAGGGUAUAGGUUUGUUGAUUGAUCUUCAGACACUGUCAAGAUUCGUCGUAAGCUCCAACACUCACAAAGGCAAUAUUGCAGAGUUGGGUAAGUUGAACAAGCUCCGUGGGGAACUUCUCAUUUCAAAUCUGCACCUUGUUGAAUCUGUGCAAGAAGCUGUACUGGCGAAUUUGGCUUCCAAGCAGUUCCUCCAAAAGCUGGAGCUUUCAUGGAGCGGCAACAGCAAAAAUGCUGAGAACAUUCUAGAGCACCUAAAGCCACCAACCAAGGUUAAGGAGCUUACCAUUUCAGGUUACACGGGCAUGGCAUGCCCUAGCUGGCUUGGUUCUUCAGUGUACACAAAUCUCGUCACUGUGUGCCUCUAUGAUUUUAAAAGUUGCACUGAGCUUCCUCCUCUUGGGUUGUUACCUGCUUUGAAAAAUCUCCACUUGAAAGGUUGGGAAAGCUUGGUUUAUAUAGAUUGCAGCAGAUUUUGUGGUAGAAGUACGCCUAGUUUCGAGCAUCUGGAGAAGCUACAUUUGGAGAUGAUGGACAGGUUACAGCUCUGGGAUGGGGAUGAGAGAUGUGCUUUUCCUAAACUUCUUGAGCUUGUUCUCGAGAACUGCUGCAGGCUGGAACAAGUGUCUCACAGUCUCCCUUCAUUGGCAAAGGUAACAGUGGAAGGAUCGCCUAAUUUCCGUGGCCUUCGGAGCUACCCAGCUCUGAAGCAUCUGAAUGUGAAUGCAAGUGGCGAGUGGAUUUGGGGAUCAUGGCGCUCUCUAUCUUGUCCUAUAUCCGUCUCCCUUUGCAAGUUGCCGACGGUUGAGUUCCCCUCAGGCUUAGGACGGUUCCACACUUGUUUACAACGCCUCGAGAUCAGCCACUGCGAGCAGCUGGUGUCUAUACCUGAGGACUGGCCACCGUGCAAUCUGAGUCACCUGUCGGUAAGGCAUUGCCCUAGGCUUCACGAGCUGCCAAGGGGCAUUCGGCGACUGAAAGCCUUGGAAGACAUGGAGAUCAUUGCUUGUGGGCAGCUUGCUUGCCUCCCGGAGAUGGAUGGUCUUACUUCACUGUUACGACUGGAGAUUUCAGACUGUGGUUUAAUUCGGUCCCUGCCAGACAAAGGGCUACCAAGUUCAGUGCGUGUGUUGAGCAUUAACAGCUGCCCUCUGCUGGCAUCGUCUUGCCUGAAUGAGGGAAGAAGCGCACAUCACAUCAAGAUGAACAACAUUUUAGUAUGGAUUGACGGACGUGAAGUGCCCACUUCUGCACGAUGAAGGAGCCUCGCUUUAUUUGUUAUCACCCGCCAAAGCUCCGGAGAGACGAAGAAACACUCCGCCAAAAGCUCCAGGAGAGACGAAGAGAACACAUUUGCGGUGUGUUCUUUUGCCUUGCUUCUUUGGUCCGUACCAUAAAUACUAAGUACUUCUUAUCCCUGGUUUGCUACAUUCAUUCAGGUUUUUAUGUUGUAUAAUCUUGCUUUUGUAAGUACUGUAUCUCAUCAUCCUGUGUGCUUUCGCUAUGCUAUAGCAGUAUAGUAUAGGGUGUCCGUCAUCUUUUGUUUAAAUAGCACCAUCUGGCUUUAGAUGAUUUCUCGC